AUGGCUGUUGUUGCUGGUGAGGGCGCAGUCCUAGUAGCUCUCAAGUACUUGUAUCCGGCUGUUGUCUUUCUCUACUACUUGGCCUCGUCUGUCUUGGCCUCUUGCACUCUGCAGGCUCUUAAGAAGACUCAGGAUGCGCAGCCGGAGCGUCCUAGUCGACGGGCCGUCAUCUAUAUACUUGGAUUCUUCCUUUCGACGUACGGGGCCCAGCUCAUCACACUCGGCACGCAGUCAGUAAUCCAAAGGUCUGCCCCCCUUGAACACCAGGUCAUCAACUACUUGUCGUGCAUUCUCGUCUUCGGUAUUCUGUGCAUCCAACUCAUCGAGUCAGACACAGUUAUAUGGUUUCCAUUCCGUGGGUCAUGGUUUAUCGCGCUGCUCUUUGAGCUUGCCAUCGCAAUCUUGACAGCUGUCAAUUCAAGACAAGCUAACCUCAACUCCUUUGAUAUACUCCAUAUAACCUUCUUCUGCUUGAGGCUUGCUUCACUCGUCAUUCUAGUGGCUUGGACUUGCUUUGCUUUAUGGACCAACUCCCACCCUUCUCUGUUCGACGAGGAAACACAGCCACUUCUGCAACCUAAUGGUGAACAACCUGAUGCUCAGGCAGCUACUGGAGAGCAUGCCAAUAGCUCCAGUUAUGGGUCGACAACGCAAAGCGACGCUGAGGAGACCGUCUGGGAAAGAAGAGAGAGAGAAGGUAGAGCCGAAUUGGAGAAGAGACUUCAGAAAGACGGGAACUGGGUUGAAUACGCCAAAGGCUUCAAGAUUUUAUUCCCGUAUGUUUGGCCUGUGGGAAACCGCCAUCUACAGCUACGAGCAGCGGCCGUUGUGCUCUGCAUGUUGGCUUCGAACGCGCUCAAUGUGCUUAUUCCCCGACAGACGGGCAUAAUCAUGGACACCCUUAAUGGGAAGCCCGGUAAUCCAUGGACAGCCGUCAUCAAUCUUGCACUUCUACGACUGCUGGCUUCAGGUUCUGGUGUCGAGCUUAUCCGCCAGUGGUUGUGGCUACCUGUCAAACACUUCUCACGGGAGAGCUUGUCCCGAGCCUCUUUUUCUCAUGUGAUGAAGCUGUCUGCUGAUUUCCACGACUCCAAAAACUCAUCAGAUAUGAUGGUGGCUAUGCAGGGCGGAUACUCUAUCACAAACGCAGUUGAAAGUCUUUUGUUUCAAACCGUCCCAAUGUUGAUCGACAUGUGCAUCGCCAUCGCCUACCUCUCCGUCAAAUUUGGCCCAUACGAAGGCUUGAUAACUGUGGCUACCGGGAUCGUCUUUAUAACUCUUGCGGCCCGCCUCGUGGCUGAUACCAAAAGUAGCACUCGCAAUCGCCAAAAGGCUCUCAUCAAAGAGCAUAGCAUUCGUUACGGCGGGUUGAGUUCGUGGCAGACCGUCAACAUGUUUAACCAGACCAUCAUUCUCACUGUCGGCCUCAUGGCAAGUGCAUUCCUCGCUCUCACUGCACCACUGCAAUUUUUCGCCUCUCUUAGUAAGAACAUGAGCGAUGACUUCAUCAGCGCGGAACGCCUCCUGGCUCUUAUGAAGGUCAAGCCUUCGGUUGCGAACAAACAGGGUGCACGGCCUCUCAAGUUUAAACGAGGAGAUGUUAACUUGGAUCAAGUUUGCUUCAGUUACGAUAAGCGAAAGAGUAUCCUCAACAGCAUCAGUCUAGACGUUCCGGCAGGAACGACAGUGGCCUUUGUGGGCUCAACUGGAGCAGGUAAAUCGACGCUGCUCAGACUCCUCCAGAGGGACUACGAUGUCACCUCGGGCAGCAUCCAGAUCGACGGUCAAGAUAUUCGCGAUGUUGAUAGCUCCAGCCUACGUGAUCGCAUUGGCUACGUUCCCCAAAGUGCACUCGUUUUUAAUGACACCAUCAUGAACAACGUACGAUAUAGCAGAAUCACCGCAACGGACGAGGAGGUGUUUGAAGCAUGCAGAGCCGCUUGUAUUCAUGAUAAGAUCUUGGGUUUUCCGGAUGGCUACGAAACGGAGGUUGGCGAACAUGGAGUCAAACUUUCCGGUGGAGAGCUUCAACGUCUAGCAAUUGCCAGGGCGCUUCUGAAGGACCCUAAGAUUGUUCUUUUGGACGAGGCUACAGCCGCUGUUGAUAAUGCUACUGAAAGAGAUAUUCAGAAAUCAUUAAGGGUCCUCUGCAAAGGACGCACAACAUUCGUCGUGGCUCAUCGACUCUCUACCAUCAAAGGAGCGGGCAUCAUUGCUGUUGUGGAACACGGUCAGAUCAUCGAGACAGGUACUCAUGAUGAGCUGAUUGCCUUGGGUGGUCGAUACUUUGAACUGGCGAAAGACGACACAUUCCGGGAAACGGAGGACAGCGAUGACCAGGCCAAAAUGCUUGACGACGCAAAUACUCUUGCCAACGAUUCUUGCUCCGAGAGAACCACCACUGAGACGUGCAAGACACACGACGAAAACGACCAGGCCAAAGUACCGCCAGAAAGCGAUGGCAAAUCAGCAACAGGCAAGAGGUGUCAGAAGGAGGGGUCCCGAUUGAAUCCUGUGGCCCCUGAAUUUACACCUCGGUCAAUGGCGGCAACAGCGGCGAAUUCUGGACCCAAGACGGCAUCUGGAGGUAAGCCAACUACAUCUUCAGCCAUUGGCAACACAGGGACAUGGGCAGUCACCGGCCACCCUAGCAAACUUCGAUGGUCCGAUGAAGUGUCCAUUAUGGACGACCGCGGGACGAGCAGUACGCCCAAGAGCGUCUCUACUGAGUCAAGCCGCCGCCUCAGGGCGAAAGAUAGUUCUGAGAGCAGUUUCACCGCAUCAGAGCUCCGCGCGUCGGAAGUUAUGCCCGCAGCGAUUGGUAUCCAAAAUCCAGGCAUCACACCACUCCCAAUGGGCGGAAAAGCCAAAACGAAUACCAUCGAGGCUUCCGGACGAGCUGCGCUGCCCUCACUGGCACGAAGCUCCCCCGAGUCCAUCGCAGAGACAACGGUUGUCCCUUCUGAUAUUGGCAAUGUGGUUUUCAUGCGACCGCGCUACUCCCGUCGCAUCCAGUCAAAGAGCGAGCCUGUUCACAAGUCUCCAAAGUCGGAAUCCGGUAAAUGCAACGAGCCGCCUGCAAAAUCAACCGACGCCGAUACCGAGCAACGUCGUGUGACUGCUCAAACGGUUCAAACGGCUCAAAGCAACAGUCCAGCGCCUUCCAUGAUUCCUAAGCCUGGCAACAGAGGCUCGCCCACUGUGAGACAGCUUCCGAUUCCUCCACGGCACUCGAGUGACGGGAAAUGCGGCACAUAUCCAACUCCAGCGCCCAGAGACAACUCCGGGCGAGCAUCAGAAGGAAUUCUCUCCGCUACAAAAGAUAAAGAAACGGCAAGUGUUGCAGCAACCAGCACUGCCAAAAACGAAAACCACCCGCUGCCAAAGACGGGAGAAAAUCAGUCAAUUAUGACAACCUCCAGCCGAGGCGGUCGAACCAUCCGACGCCCACGAGCCGGAUCUCUUCGCGGACGCCGAGGCCGCCUUUUUCGAGGCCCCGUGGCACCUGGGAGCCAAGAAUAG